CUGAAAAUGAGAGUUCAGCACAGCAUUGCUUCACUUGGGAUGUAAACAGUCCAAAAUGGCACUAGGCAGCCUGGAUGUGAUCUAUAUCACCAUGGAGUCUGUCAUCGGGAUAGCUGCGGUGGUGGGCAAUGCCUUGGUGAUCUGGGCAGUGAAGCUGAACCCAGCCCUGCAGAAGACCACCUUCUUCUACAUCGUUUCCCUGGCCCUCAGUGAUAUUGCCAUGGGGAUCCUUGUCAUGCCGCUGGCUGUCAUAGUGAGCCUUGGAGUUGUCACCCAUUUCUACUCCUGCCUCUUCAUGUGCUGCCUCAUGAUGAUCUUCUCUCAUGCCUCCAUCCUGUCUCUCCUGGCCAUUGCAGUCGACAGGUACCUGCGAGUGAAGCUGCCGACCAGGUACAGGGCAGCCGUCACCAAGAAAAGGAUCUGUGUGACCCUGGCACUCUGCUGGCUUGUGUCUGUGCUGGUGGGGCUGGUCCCCAUGCUGGGAUGGAACCGGCACACGGGCAGCUCCAGCCACAUCGAGUGUCACUAUCUGGCUGUGAUGAGGAUGGAUUAUGUGGUGUACUUCAGCUUCUUCGCCUGGAUCCUCCUUCCCUUGCUCGUCAUGUGUGCGCUCUACGCCGAGAUUUUCUAUAUCAUGUGGGUAAAACUGAGCCCCAGCUCAGCAAGUGGAGAAACAGCUUGUGGGAAGGAGCACGAAAUGGCCAAGUAUCUGGCCCUCAUCCUCUUCUUGUUUGCAGCAUCUUGGCUGCCUCUGGGCAUCCUGAACUGCGUUUCCUACUUCUGCCCCUCCUGCAGCACCCCGCAGGCUCUGACGUACCUGAGCAUCCUGCUGUCCCACUCCAACUCAGCCAUGAACCCCAUCGUCUAUGCCCUCAAAAUCCAGAAGUUCAAGGAAACGUAUGCUUUCAUUCUGAGGAAUUACAUCCUGCCCCAGAAGGCAGAGUCCGCUCUUCCUAGUGCACAGCAAACAGAGCAGGGAGCGAGCAGCAUCUGAGCUCUCCAGGCUGGGUCAACUGAUGGGAGCAACCAGAGAGUGUGGACAUGGCACAGACACCGAGAUGCUCCUCAGAUCACGCA